CCAGACAGGGUUGAAGUUUCCACAGAAGUAUUCAGCUGUUGAGAGGUUCGUGCUCAAGUUGAGGACCCAAGCCGCGUGCCAAAAUGUGUAAGGGACUGGCAGCUCUGCCGCAUUCAUGCCUGGAAAGGGCCAAGGAGAUCAAGAUCAAGUUGGGAAUUCUCCUCCAGAAGCCAGACUCUGCUGUUGACCUUGUCAUUCCGUAUAAUGAGAAGCCGGAGAGGCCUGUCAAGGCGCACAAGCCCUCGCUGGAGGAGGUCCUGCAGUGGCGCCAAUCCCUGGACAAGCUUCUCCAGAGCAGCUAUGGAUUUGCCAGCUUCAAAAGUUUCCUGAAGUCUGAAUUCAGUGAGGAAAAUCUUGAGUUCUGGGCUGCCUGUGAGAAUUACAAGAAGAUCAAGUCCCCCAUCAAAAUGGCGGAGAAGGCCAAGCAAAUUUAUGAAGAAUUCAUCCAGACAGAGGCCCCUAAAGAGGUGAACAUUGACCACUUCACUAAAGACAUCACCAUGAAGAACCUGGUGGAGCCUUCCCCUCACAGCUUUGACCUGGCCCAGAAAAGGAUCUAUGCCCUGAUGGAGAAGGAUUCUCUGCCCCGCUUUGUGCGCUCUGAGUUUUAUAAGGAGUUAAUCAAGUAGUCAUCUGGUCAGGCUUCAGAAAGUCUCCCUGUGAGUUGAGUUACAUCUGUAGCAACACAGCAUCCCCCAGGCACGUUGCGCAUUUCUCUAUAACAGCUUUGCUCCAAGAUACACAAACAUAGGCGAACCACAGGCUGAACUAACUGCUAACUCGCUCGUUGAUUUAGUUAUAUGGAUCUGUUGUCUAAGGACCUUCAUUUUCUCUUAUUCUUUCUGAUUACUUGGUAAUAAAGGUUUACCAAGUUACUGUCAAAUCUAAGUCACAAAAAUAUCCUGCUUAACAUAAAGCUGUCUGUGCACAGAAUAGGUGAUAGAUUGCUCUUUAAACUAGGUUGAAAAGAAAACCAGUGCAAGGAGCCCCUGUUGGAGAUUUGACUGGUCUUGUUUACUGUUUUAAUUCUUAUUUUCUAUUGACUUCAGAAUUUGAUUAGUAAAAAGCAGCAAGCUUGUUAUAAGGCAGCCACCAUUGGGUUUUUAAACAAAUAUAUUAUUUAACAACAGUGACCUCUACUUUCUGAAGUAUCACUGUGUUAGCUGGACAUUCUCAUUGAGAAACACAAUGAAUACAUUGUGCUUCUAAACAGAAUUCAUUUCAAUUCUGCCCUUAUGUUUCCAAAUCAUGAGGGGAAAAGUCAGUCUUUGACUCUCUGGAACAAUUAGAAAUGCUAAGUACCCCAAAAUCUUUUUGAGCUGUUUCUUAAACAAUGGAAAAAUAAUUUAAAGUUGAAAUAUUUUAUUCACAUUAGCUCGAGUAUCCAAAUGUCUGAAAUACCCAAGGAAUGAACAAGCUGUUACACACUCACCCAGUUGGCUCCUGUUAGGAGACCUCAAUUGAUGAUGCUUACAAACUGACUGUGUGACUGGCUAGUCUUGUCAGCAGAAGGGGAGGAGAGAAGGAAGAGCGCCUCAAGGGCAGUGCUGUGAGGCCACAAAAAUGCAGGAAGGCAUGCGUCUGCAGUCAAAUGGCUGCCUUAUAUAUCCAGACAUUUAUUAUAUCUCUCUAUACUUUUAAAUUUAAAGCAAUAUAUACACAUAUAUAUUCUUCUAACAUAUAAGACAGUCAGUGGGAGAUAAGUAGUUUAGCUCCAAAGGAGAAGGCAAAUGUAUUAAAAUUGGACUAGAAACGUUUUGGAGGGAAAAAAGCAAACAAACAACAAACCUCUAUGUUAGUCGGAGUUUCUAUGGUAACAAGAAGAAAAUACAUUCUUUUAAAUCCUUGAAAUUAGAAAAAGUGGGAUGACCUUUCCAGGAAAAGAAUAUGUAGUGCUUGUUUAGCAUUCCUUCCCCCUCCUUCCCCUGCUCGCCAGUUUCCCUUGAAUAAAUUGCCUGAGAAAGUAUGAAGCUUACUUAGUGUGUGAGCCCAGGGCUGCUUGUGUCUCCCUCUUCCAGGAGAACAUGGCUAGGCUGAAAGUGGGUCUGGGAUGUAGGAAAGGGUUGGGUCUAAAUUGUGGUCAAUGGACAGGAGUACUUGCUUCUUGUUCUUGAAGGAGGCCUGUGAUUCACCUAGGAACUGGCCCAUAAUCUGGGCUUCUGUCUGAGCCUGAUAUAGUUCUGGGUUGAGGGUCAGAUUAAUCUUUAAAUCAAAUCAGCAGAUACAGAGCCCAUCAGGCUCAGGAGCCUAGGUCCCAUGUGUGUCUGCUAGAGCAGGGUUGUUCAUGUAAACAGACACACAGACACACACACUCACACAUACACACGCACACUCACACACACUCUCUCCUAUAUAGAGGACACCUUUCAAAAGGUAGAACCAAAUGUAUGGAAAUACUUUACUCUCUUUGCUUAUAUUCCAGAUACCACCAUACUUUAUUGUAUACAUUGAACUUUUAGCCCAUUUUCAUUUCAAAUACAUGAGGUGAGUUAAUGAAAAAGUUUUUCCUUUAUCCCAUUUAAUAACAUAGAUGUCACUUGACUGAUGCCUCCUCUAAAAUCCAUUUCAAUAAGAAGGAUUUAAUUAUUUCUUGAAGAGCAGUAGGCAUCCACUAACAAAUCAAUUGAUAAGCUAAAAAGCACUCCCUUCUAGGGAUUUACUAAAUUAUGCCAUCAUACAAGAGAUGGCUUGAGAAUUGUUUAAGCGGCGGGUAAAUUUGCACGAAUGACUUUCACUCCUGAAACUGGAUCCUCCAGCUGGCAGUUCCUUCACUUCCUGGGGAUUUAGCAGAUUUGGAAGAUAAUUGGACACAAGGAGAGAGGCAAUAAAGCAGAAAGUGGGAAGAGCAAAGAAGUCAGUGCUCAGCCUAGGAAAAUUAGCCCACUGGCUAGAAAACACAGAGGAACAGCCCAGCAUAAAGGAUAAACUAACCGCAUCUCGUUGUCAUCCUGGGUGACAGAAGGCGUUUCAGGGCUCACCAUGAGGCAAGCCAAGGAAGUCCAUCUUAAGAUCCUACAGGAAAUUAACUAUAAGAAAAGGCAACUGUGGAGGGCUUCUUUUCCAUCAGACUUGUGGGUGCCGGAAAGUAGAGAGUGGAGGGUUCAGUUUGGAGCAUCCAAGCAUCCAAACCCCAGGGCUAGCGAACUCUAGGCGGGUUUGGGCUGUAAGUCUUGGUGUGUUGACUCUCCAGAGUUGAGUCUCCACUCCACCUGCCUUCCAGCAUCCAUUUAACAUUCUCAGCACAGCCAACAAUUUCAAAGCUACUUCCGGUGUUAAAUACAUGUCCCAUUAUAUAGUCCUGUGGCUAAUGAAAGCAAUUGUUAAGCAAAGGAAAAGCUUUCUGUAGCCUCAAUAAGUCAUCCUGGAACUGAAAAGUGUCUGCUUUCCCCGCUGAGGAGACAUCCGGGACUCUAAAUGGAAGCUUAUUGCAGAGAAUGAUGAAGACAGCAUACGGUCGGGAGCUUUGGAGGUUUAGCCUCAAUUCACUGUUUAACAAUAAUCAUUUGUAUCAAGUAGAGAAGUUAUGUAGUCAUUUUUUCUCAUAUGCAGUUUAAUAUGUUCCCUCAUUUGAUACGCCUUCUUCCCUCCUCCUUCACUUGCCCUCCCCUUCUCCCUCUGUGAAAUACCAUGGGUCACAGUAUUUAGGUAAUAUAAUAGUGAAUAUGUUUAAGAGCACAUAAGUUCCUACCUAGCAAGAGGUACAGGCAAAGGCAUAGACAAAAUAAAGAGAAAUGCUGAGAAAUAAGUCACAGGAGGCGAGGAAUCUGGGUAAUGUUUGCCAAACAUUCCAGAACAUGAAGUCAUUGCGAUGUGAAGAAACUAUAGUUCUGGUUUGUUUUUAAUUCUAUAACUUGGGCGGUUAUUCUUUUGGGGGGUAGAAUGGAAUGGGGUAAGGGGUUUAUUAAGUCCUGUGCCAGCACUUCUCUCAUAAGUUUUAAAUUUGUGGACCAAUAGUGUUUGUUUCCUGAUUAAUGUAUCCCAUACUUUGUGUAGUAUGUAACUCACUCUUACUGAUAAUAAAACAAAUAUCAGCCUAUAA